UACUUCUCUUAGCGGUCAACGAUCUCAGUAAAUUAGUUUGUCAGCAGAGUUGAGACCAGGCCAGACAGACUGAAGUUUCUUCUUAUUACACGACAGUUUGGAAAAUAUGAGGAUUUGGAUAUGUGGGAAUUGUUGUUUGGAGACUUUUCGGGUCAACUUGGCUUUGCUUAGUGAUUAAGUUUUUAGUCAUUCAACUAAAUUUGAAGUCUUUGAAGUUGUGGACAGUUGGGUCUUAGUUGUGAAUUUGGUUCUUUCACAUUUGGGGAAUUAGAAGGUUUGGUGGGGGUUUAGCACUUGAAGCUUUGCAUUGGAUGGAUACAAUGGGGAGCAAUGGGGUUAAUAAUCCACUGAUAGAUUUACAAGAGGAAAAUGUUGGCGAUGGCAGAAGUAAGGGAGUGCUCGAGGACUGUGAACAGACAGAUGAUGUAGAUGAAUCAGUGACAGUGGAGUAUAGGUAUUCUGAUGAGCAAUCCUUUUCAAGUUCCUAUGUCGAGGAAGAGAAUCAGAAGUCAAGUUCAGAGCGGAAGUCAUCGGUUCUAGAGAUUUCCCAGACGAAAGAAUUGAGUGUCACGUCUUCUCCCCGUAGAGGCUUGGAUCAUUGUAUCUCUGAACCAGUUGGUGCUCACGGAAACCUGUUAAUAGAUGACAGUGAGAUUCCAUUCUCUAGGUCAAUGAUGGAGAAGAAGGCUGCAAGACAUGAUCUAAAACUAGAUAGACUCUCAGAGCGUGAAAAGGUUAUUGAGAGACUCACGCGAUGGAAAAAACUGAUUGUGGACCUUGUCAAGAUCCAAAAUGAUGGGACGGUAGAAGUUGAUCUAGCUAAAAGUUCUCCUGUAGCUUCUGAACUGUUAGAACUUUCCUCUAUUGAGGGGGCACCCUUUGAUGUUGAUGAUACUUCUUUCCAUGAAACCAAUAAAUCAAUCCCAAGGUUGAAAAUUGCCAUCCUUGUGGUUGGAACAAGAGGAGAUGUACAAACUUUUCUGGCUAUGGCGAAGAGACUUCAGGAGUUUGGUCAUCAUGUUAGAUUGGCAACUCAUGCUAACUUCAGUAGCUUUGUAAAGUUGGCUGGCAUUGACUUUUAUCCUCUGGGUGGUGAUCCUCGGGUUUUGGCUGGAUGUAAGAGGACCCUGACCUUGAAACUAUUGCAAUUUAUCAUAUUUAUGCUGGUACCUAUUUUGGCGAUAGAUUUUAAAAAUAAAUCCCACCUCAUGGUUAUCAAACUGAUAUGGCAUUUGCCUAAAUGCACUGCAUCUUGUUUUGCUUGUUUGGAAACUAUAAGGGGAAGGGAAGGAGAGGAAAUGAGGAAGAGGAAAAAAUGAGGAGAGGUUAAGCUUCACCCUGUUUGGGUUGCUUAAAAGAAGAGGGAAAGGAAAGGAAGGGUAUGUUAUCAAACAUUGUUGGGCUAAGGAUUGUAGAAGUGGAAGGAAAUGAUAACUUAUCAUCUUCUUUAUGAUUAUAUGUGUUAUAUAUCAAGAUAAAAUGUCAAACUAAGGGCAAUUUUGUCUGUACAGUAAAAAGGUUUAAUUUCAUGCCCCUCCAAAUCCUCCUUUUUAGGGAGUUUAAAAAAAAAUGAAGGUUUGGAGGCUUUUGGAAGGAUACAUCUGUUCCUCCAAAUCCUUCCUUUUCUAUCAAAAUGUUUUUCAAACAAGAGAAAGGGAAGCACUCCCCUCUCUUUG